AUGCCGCCUCAAUUUUUUAAAGAUGCACAUUCAGUAUUGAAUAACAAGUUUGUCCCAAGAUCAUUUGCCCUUAACUUGAAUGUUAAGGAGAAUUCAGACGGUGGUUCAAGUGGUGAUCAAAGCUUUGGAAGCCCAAGUGAAUCUUCUGUCACGCCUAGAGCGACAUCAACAGCUCCUUCAACUGGCUCAUCGUCUAGAUUUUUCGGCGCUUAUCCUGGCGGUAAAGAACGUCACGAUCAUAAUGAUGAUAUAUUAGAGGAUUCAUCAAUGGAGAAUUUUGAAAAUAUGGUUCAGCCUCAGCCAAAACUAAAGAAUGAUCAGGGUUCUGAAGAGAGAAGAGUUGUUUCAACAGGGAGAUCAUCCACUUCAGGGUCUGACGUUCUUGAGAUUACAGAUGUUAGAGAAGUUACACAGGUUGAUCAAUCACCAGAGUAUCCUGAAUCUUCAAAACACGACAAUCAGUCACAUACAUUGGAUAACAAAAACCAGGAUCUCGAAUACCAGGCUGCAGAGACUUCUGCAGAUUUGAUAAUGGAAGCUUUAGUAAAGUCUCAAAGAUUGUGUUCUCAAUAUAAACAAAAGUUGGCAAAAGCAGAAUCUAGGAUCGCUAGUCAAGAAGAGGAAAUCCAAUCCUCAAAAACCUCUGUGCUGACUUUGAAGCUAAGUGUUAAAAAGAGUCAAGACCUAUUAUCUGUCUUGGAGUCAAGAUCAAAGACCUUUUAUGAAUCGCAUAAAGAGGAAGGCUUACACUCCUCGUCUAUAAAGCAAGAAAUCAAAAGCCUCUUGGAAAAUAUAGAACAGCAGAAGAAUGAGAACUUAUCCUUAAAAAAGAAGUUUGAAUAUUUGAAACAAAUAAAAGUUUCAACGGGGUAUGAGAUAGAAAAGAAAAAAUUGGAUGAAACCUCAGGAUUGUUAUCUGAGCAGAAAAUAAAAUGUUCUGAGUUGGAGAAGAAAUUAGAAACAUGUCGUAAAGACUACGAUCAAAAGCUUGACUUAAAUUUGAAAGAAAACGAAAGGGUCCAAGAGGGAUUGAGAAACAGUUUAACUGAAUUCAAAAAUGAGAUUAUUGAAAAUCUUUACUCUUUAAAGCUUAAUGAAGAAGGUAUCAAUACCCAUCUUACAAAUAAUGAAAAAUCACAAGGUGAAAUGGCAAGUAAUUUGACUAGUCUCAGGGAAUAUUUAAAGCCUAAAAUGGAGAAGGUUAAUGCUGAUCAAGCUUUUGUGAAUUCAAUUUGUACUCAAGUUCUUGAUGAAUUUAAACAGUUGGUAAACGAUGUCAAAAGGAAUCACUCACAAACCUCUGAAAUUGAAAAUAGUUGCAAGAAUGUGGUGAAUAGUCUUGAAUCAUUGGAAGACAAAAUUAAACAAAAUAACGUUAACUCAAAGAAAGUGGCAGAUCUUAUGGAAUCGAAUAAAUCGAAUGAGAAGGAGAUAUCAGAACUCAAAUUGAAACUCGGUGAAUUUCAUACCGAAAAGCAGCUCCUUUCUAAGGAAAUUGAAACUUUGAAUCAAGACAUCCUUAAGAUCAAAAGUGAAAGAGACGAAUCAUUGAAAAAAUUCCAAAAGAAGUCUGAAGAGCAUGAAAAGUAUAUUACCCAAUCAGAACUGAAGGCUAAUAAAUCCAAGACCACCUCUGAAAGUAAAUUGAGGACUCAAAUGGAAAUCCACAAGUUGAUAGGUGAAGAAAGAGAUAAACUCAAACAGGAACUAGAAUUUAAAAAUACAGAUCUAACAGGUUUACAGAAUGAACUUAUUUCUUUAAAGACUACUCUAAUGGAAAAAGAAAAAUUAAUUACAAACUAUGAAACUGAGAAAUCCAGAAAUGAUCAAUCUUAUAAGGAUAUUGAAGCUGAAAUCACGAAAUUAAAAGAAGAGAACAAGCGGUUAUGUGAUAGUAUCGAUGCUCAACUCAAUUUGUCAACAAAUUAUCCUCAAAAAAAGCCAAUAUCUGUUCCUGCUCCAGCUAGUCAAGAGUCUACGAAUGAUUUAGAAUUAACAGCAAGCUUUCAGGAACUCAAUCGAAAAGAUUUACAAAAACCAAUCACUGUUAAUUUGAAGCCUGGCUCCUUAAAGUCAAAACCUGUUGAUUCAAAAAAGAAAACAAUAGUUUCAAAAUACAGCAAAAGGAAAAAGCUUCUUGAAGAUGAUGAGGGUAAUUUAUUUGAUAGUUUUGAUUUUGAAGAAACUGGGAGUGAUCAUGCUACUGCACCAAAACGGUACACCAAAAGAAGAAAAACUUCUGAUAAAAAUACCAAAAAAUAA